AUGACUGGUGCAGGUGGUCCAGUGGCCACUUUCUCCGUGUGGGAUUAUGUGGUGUUUGCGGGAACUAUUUUGGCUGCAGCCGGCAUUGGCCUUUUCCAGGCCAUCCGAAGCCGCAAGGAGACCAGCAGUUCUGAGUUCUUGCUUGGUGGACGACAAAUGACAGCUGUGCCUGUUGCCAUGUCGCUCACUGCCAGCUUUAUGUCUGGCAUCACGGUCAUCGGCACACCGGCUGAGGCCUACCGCUUUGGAGCUGCCUUCUGGCUCUUCGGCUUCUCCUAUGCCAUCAUGUCUGUUAUCACCGCUGAGGUCUUUGUCCCACUAUUCUACAGACUGGCAAUCACCAGUGCCUAUGAGUACCUGGAGCUGCGCUUCAGCCGGCCCGUUCGUCUAAUUGGGACAACAAUGUACAUUGCUCAGACGAUCCUGUACACCGGCAUGGUCAUCUACGCCCCAGCUCUUGCACUAAAUCAAAUCACAGGGCUGGAUCUAUGGGGAGUGCUGGUGGCCACAGGAGCAGUGUGCAUCGUCUACUGCACUUUGGGCGGUCUGAAAGCAGUGAUCUGGACGGACGUAAUGCAGAUGGUGAUCAUGCUGGCAGGUUUUGUGGCGGUUAUAGCUCGAGGAGCCGUUCUGCAGGGAGGCCUGACCAAUAUUUGGGAAGAUGCUGGCAAAGGAGGCCGACUAGAUGCGUUUGACUUUGACCCGGACCCUCUGAAGAGACACACUUUCUGGACUAUCGUAGUCGGUGGCAGCGUCAUGUGGGUGUCCAUCUACUCCAUCAACCAGUCCCAGGUGCAACGCUACAUCUCCUGCAAAACCUUGCGACAUGCCAAGAUGUCUUUGUAUGUGAACCUGGUGGGCCUGUGGCUAACUGUGAGUCUGGCUGUGUUUUCCGGCCUCACCAUGUUCUCCAUUUACAAGAACUGUGACCCACUUGAAAACGGUGACAUAGACACACCUGACCAGAUGCUGCCGUACCUUGUGAUGGAUAUCCUGGCAGCCUACCCUGGAAUCCCUGGCUUGUUUGUGGCUGCUGCAUACAGUGGUACCCUUAGCACAGUGUCUUCAAGCAUUAAUGCUCUUGUUGCUGUCACUGUGGAGGACUUUAUUCUUCCAGUGUUCAAAAACCUCACAGAGAAGCAAGUUUCCUGGAUGAACAUGGGCCUCAGUGUUUUCUUUGGUGCCGUGUGCAUUGGGAUGGCUGGAGUUGCAUCAGCCUUGGGAAGCAUUUUGCAGGCAGCUCUGUCCAUAUUUGGCAUGAUCAGCGGGCCUCUUCUUGGUCUUUACCUAUUAGGCAUGCUAUUCCGCACAUCAAAUUCAAUAGGAGGGCUCGUGGGAAUGAUGAGUGGCCUGGUGUUGACUCUGUGGGUGGGGAUUGGAAGCCAGAUCUACCCCCCCACAGCUGAAAAGACAAACCCUCUCCCAGUCUCCACUGUGGGCUGCAACAGCACAAUGAGUCAAAACGUCACAACCCCAGCUCCAUGGACCAGUCCCGUGACUCUGACCUCACAGCCCCAUGAGAGGCCGCCUCUGGCAGACUCCUGGUACUCUCUGUCCUACCUCUACUUCUGUCUCCUGGGUACGCUCACCACGAUGGUGGUUGGCCUGCUGGUGAGCAUGGCCACAGGUGGAUGUAAGCAAGAUGAAAAGAACCCUGAUCUGUUUGUGAAGGCGAGUGACCUGUUUAGCUUCAGCUGCUGUGGUAAAUCAAAGGUAUCAGAAGUCACAGAAAAGUCUGCAACAGACUUUAAUACGGGGGCUGACAACCCAACAUUCACAGACUUUGAAAUGAAAAGCAAAGAUCCUGAAAGAGCCACCAAACUGUGACACUGCUGCAUUCAUACAUAUUUACUGAAAGGAGAGAUUUUAAUAUCAUUAUUUUUAUAAACAUGAUAAUGACAACUCAAUGAUUUUGCUGCUUGAUCCCCUGUGCAUUACAUUUGUGGAAACAAUUGUUUUUACAAAUCGUCCAUUACCGUGUAUUUAUGUUGAUGUGUUUCAAACAUGUUUCUUGA